CUCCCGACAAGCCCCCAAGCUGCCGACAGUCCUCUCUUGAGGAAUCGGCAAAAGCUUGCUAUUCUUCUCUUCUUUUCUUGUUAAAGAACUGAUUUUGGGACCUAGAACCCUCCCUUUGAAGUAGAAAUUUCUAGAUCUGCUCUCCUUUCCUCUUCCCUUCGGUCCGAAGUGAAACCGAGGACGGGGAAACCACGGGAAGUGACGAGUUAGAAGGCUAGCCAUAUUGUAAUUGGAUAUAGAUUUUCAAAAUAAAUCAUGAUCUUGUAAUCCAAAGUGUAUUUGGAGAUUUAUGAUCGGAGAAAUCUUAUAAUUUGAUCUUCAGAUUUUGAUGGUAUUAGAUUGUGGUGUGAUAAGUUCCGAGCCUUGUGCAUUUGUGGAACCCGUCUCAUGAGUGCACGGCGUCUGUCGCGUCUCGAAAUUGGGGAGGCUACCAUUUUUCCAGCAAUUUUGGUAACAAAUUUGACAUAUUGCUCACCUUUUCAUCUUUAAUUUGAAGUGGAUUAUUUUUAAUCAUUUAGGGUUUUCAAUUUUGGGAGUGUAUCUGUAGUUUCCCCAUUGAUUUAACCAUAAUCUAGCAUCAUUAGCUCUAAUCCCUCUUUUUGCUGCAAAUUUGGAUUGCAUGACCUUGCAAUGGUAUUUUUCUCAUAACUCUUUUUGUAGUUAUCGAAUUAAGUCGAUUCUUAAUUCUAUAGACAGCUCAGAGAUAACCCUGCAAUUUUUAUGUUGGACAUUUAACCCAAUUCAGCUAUUUUCAAGGUGAAAACUUUGCUGCAAUUUCGGACCCGAUAGGCGGAUAACACUUGUAGCCCGACCUUUUGUUAGUAUUUUGGCUAUAACUCUCUUUAUAGAUGUCAGAUUAAGGUAAUUCUUGAGGCUAUAGAACGCUAAAACAUAGGGUUACAAUUUAUCUGUUGAGCACUCAACCCAGAUCAGUCAAUUUCUAGGACAACUUGAGAUUGGCUUAUGAAUUUUAAAUUUUAUUGUUAACUUUGCAUGGUUUUGUCUCCAAUAUGGUCAUGAGUUCUAUUCUUCUACCAGUGAGAGUUAAGCAUUGGCACAUAUCGACAUGUAUUUCUAUAGGACUGGUUCAUCCAGUCAAUGGGAGAGUACACUGGUAUUUCUGUUAUCCAGCUAGUUGGGAAAGUACACUGACCAUGACUAAUUGAGGAAACCACUACUAAAUUUUUUCUGUAUUAAUGGUUUAUCACUAAGAUAUUUUUUUGGUUUAUGCUUAAAUUAUUUAUUUGGCGUUCUUUGACUUUAAAUAUAAGCUAUUCAUAUUUUUAUUUACUGAGUUAUCUCAGAUAGUUUUUCCUUGUCCACCAUGUAAGGUAAUGUGACUUGACACAUGGGAAACCAAGGGGAGUGACGAGAUAGAAGGCUAGUCAUUGUAUUUUGGACAUAUAUUUUGAGUUGUAGAUUAUUCUUUGUAAGUUAGAUUUUAUUUUGAAAUAUUGAUCUAAGUUUAUGUGGAUUGUUAGUAAUGAAUUUAGCAAGUUCCGAGCCUUGUGCAUUUGUGGGAUCCUUUUACAAGGGCAUAGUGUCUGUUUCGCUUUUGGUAUUGGAGCGUGACACCUCAUGAGACACAACUUGUCUACUAGGGUGACCUAGGGAUUUAAAGGCUUGUUACACAUGCUAAGUGCAAUCGUGAUUUGUACGAAAGUAAGUUAUGUUUUAUUUUGUCUUUUUAUUUUGCUCGAGGACUAACAAAACUUAAGUUAGGGG